AUGUGGAAUCACACACGGGUCUCCAACUUCAUUCUCCUGGGCAUCACAGAUCAAAAGGAGCUACAAUUGCCUCUCUUUGUGUUGUUUCUACUGAUAUAUAUUAUUACCCUGAUGGGGAAUCUAGGAAUGAUCUUGUUAAUCAAGACAGAUUCUCGACUCCAUAUUCCCAUGUAUUUUUUUCUCAGUAAUUUGGCAUUUGUAGAUGUCAACUAUUCUUCAAGCAUUACACCCAAUAUGUUGGUGUCUCUCUUAACAGAAAGGAAAAAUAUUGGAUUCUUUGCAUGCGCCACUCAAAUGUUUGUGUUUGUUAUAUGUGGAAGCACUGAAUGUCUCCUGCUGGCUGUGAUGGCCUUUGAUCGGUAUGUGGCCAUCUGUAACCCACUGAAUUAUUCAGCCAUCAUGUCAGGAAAAUGGUGUUUCUGGCUAGUAGCUGUUUCUUAUGUUCUAAGCAUUUGUUAUUCAGUUUUAUAUAUUGUGUGUGUCUUUAGUCUACCCUUUUGUGGAUCAAAUGUGAUCAAUCAUUUUUACUGUGAUAUUCCUCCGCUGCUAAAACUUUCAUGCUCUGAUACUCGCAUUAAUCAGAUAGUAAUAUUUGUACAAGUAAGUAUAAAUUGCAUAAGUACUACAGUGGUUAUUCUGAUUUCAUAUGCCUGUAUUCUGUCUACCAUUCUGAAGAUCCGCUCCACUACGAGCAAAUCCAAAGCUUUUUCUACCUGUUCUUCUCACCUGAUUGUUGUCAGCUUAUUCUACGGGACAAUCUUUUUUAUGUAUUUACGGCCCAGUUCUACAUAUGCACUAGAGGAAGACAAAGUGGCAUCUUUGUUUUAUACAGUGGUGAUUCCCAUGUUGAACCCUCUCAUCUACAGUCUGAGGAACAAAGAUAUGAAGGAGGCAUUUCAGAAAAUUUUGGAAAGAAAUUCAGUGGUGAAAAAGUAA